GCGGUGCGGUUUGAAGACUUCUGGCUGGCGGAUCAGCUCAACAGCGUGGUCAUUUUCCUGUUGGAUCUACAAUAUACCUUUUGCUACGUCACCUACGGGCAGUUUCGUGACAGCGGCAACGCAACCUGCCGCUCCAAUCGUGGUGUUCUGCGCCCCAUUCUUGCCGCACUACCCGCCUGGAUUCGUUUCGCGCAGUGCAUCCGUCGUUACCGCGACACCAAAAAGGCUCACCAUCUCACCAACGCCGGCAAGUACUUCUCCUCCAUGUUUGUGACGGUCAUGAGCUCGUGGACGAGUGCGCAGCGCGAGCACGGCGGUGAAGUGGGCACCGACGACUACGUCACCGCUCUUUUCAGCGUGUGGAUGGUGGCCGCCGUUGUGUCCACCUGCUAUAGCCUCUACUGGGACUUGACCCAUGAUUGGGGUCUCUUCCCCAAGGAUCCUCACCCCAAAUACCGCUUCCUGCGCAAGCGCCUUCUCUACGAUCCCAAAUUAUAUUACAUUGCCAUUGCCCUCGAUACAGUGCUUCGCUUUCUCUGGACGCUCAGCGUCAGCGUUGGCUUUUUCGGAAGCUUUUUUUCCGAUGGCCUCGUUGCCAUUCUUGCUCUGAGUGAAAUGUUUCGCCGCUUCAUGUGGAACUUUUUCCGGCUGGAAAACGAGCACCUGUACAACUGCGGCGAGUUUCGC